AAAAUACAUAUUAUUAGUAAAUCCACAAUAUAUUUAUAUAAAAUGCAGUUAUUGUUUUGUCUGUCUGUUAGAGAGAGAACAAUUAGAUGGACAUAAAAAGCUAAGCAUAUGAAAACUCUCAGCUUUUUCCUUGCCUCCUUCCUUCACAAAUAUCACCAGCCUGUCAAAAUUUAGCCUUUUAAAACUAUUUAACUUCCAUCUUUAUAUAUUAUUUGUUUAUUAAUCCUUAUUUAGUUUAAGCAUUUCCUUAGCUGUGAAUUCCCACUAUCCAUCUCUCACUCUCUCCCCCUUUCUCUCUCUCUCUAUCUCUUCUUCCACAGAGCUUUUAUUCCAAUACCGAUUGUUGAAAAAAUUCUGUAGUGAUCUCUCAGCUUUUGGAUUAUUUUUUUGUGUUAUGCUUUGGAGCAAGUUGGUAGAUAAAGCAUAUAUAGUAGUUAAGGUAAGCGUGAGUCUUAUGUGAGUUUUGUGGCAUGAGCAUAGAACAUGUGAUCAAUGAGCUGCUUUGGAGAGAAUCACAGCUUGGCCACUCUUCUUUUCAGUCUUCUGGUAUGACGAUCAUCAAUCUGAAGAUGCAGCAUUUGAACAAGUGUUUGAACUACUCCAGAAGGACUUGACGUUAAUACGAAAACAAAGUAUCAAGUGAUCUAUGUCGGCUAUUAUCAAGACUCAUACAGAUUUAGAAGGCACGAGAAGCUUCUAGAAGAUUGAAAAGCUUCAUGUUUACAAUUGGAAUGUAAACAUGAAGAAAGUGGGAAAUUUCCUAAACCAUAAAGAAAACAAAAAUUGUCCAAUUCCUAUUAGGAUUAGAUUAGGUAGUUUGCUAAUUAAAUAGCUAAUACCUAGAUCUAUAAAUAGAGAUGCUAAAGCAAGGUUGAGCUUUAGCACAAACAAGAGAAAGUUAACCUAGCUAUUAAGUUUUAUUAUUUAAGAAAAAGAGCUAAAACUUAGAGAGAGCAAGAGGUUUCUUUAAGAGAGUUUUGAGAGGUUAGAAAAUUGUUUAGAACAAACUUGUAAACAGUUUGUUCUAAACAAUUUUCUAUCAAUCAAAAGAGAGUUUAAAGAAAUCAAUAGUUUCAUUGUUCAGAUCAUAAGUUCUCACACUUUCAAUUGGUAUCAGAGCAGCACUUUUUCGGAUUACUACAUAUGAGAUUCUGCGGACAAGAUGGAGAGCUACGGAGAUCUGAUCAACAAUAACAAAGUUUUCUUGGAUGAUGGAAACUAUGGGUUUUGGAAAUCAAGAAUCAAAUCUAUCAUAGGAGGUAUUGAUCGUCUUGCUUGGAAGACUGUUCUGGAAAAGUGGGAGGAACCGACGAUCAAGGACGAGUCAAGCAAUCGAAUUCCCAAACCCGAAGCCGACUGGACUGAUGAAGAACAUAAGAAAUCCAAGUACAAUUCAAGAGCAUUGAGUGCUAUUCAUUGCAGUGUAGGAAUGAAGCAGUUCGAUCUAAUUCAGGGGUGUGAAAUUGCUAAGGAAGCUUGGGAUAUUCUGCAAAUCCAGUAUGAAGGAACCACAAAAGUGCAAAGCUCAAGAAAAGACAUGCUGGCUUCACGAUUCGAAAAUCUAAGGAUGGAAGAACACGAAUCAAUAUCAGACUUUAGUUCAAAGUUAAGUGCGCUAGCUCAGGAAGCAUUAACUCUUGGAAAGACUUAUAAGGAUCAAAAGCUGGUCAAGAAGUUUCUAAGGUGUCUACCUUCAAGGUUCAUGGGAUACAAGACUGCACUAACUGUUUCACAUGAUCUAGACAGUCUUAGUUAUGGUGAAGUGGUUGGAAUGCUGCAAGCUCACGAGAUGGAGCUUAAUGGAAUUAAGAAACCAAAAGGUAUAGCCUUAACGGUUAGCAGAGACACAUCAGAUCAAGGAGAAGAAGAUGUUGUGAGUUUAUUAGUAAGAAGAUUUGAUCGUGCUUUAAGAAGAAUAGAACAAGGUAAUUCACAAAAGAAGACUGGAGUUUUCAAAAAAAAUCAGUGAAGAUAAGAAGGCUGAUAUGCAGUGUCAUGAAUGCAAAGGGUUUGGACAUUUCAUUCGUGAGUGUCCAACGAUUAAGCUUCGAGAUGCAAAGUGCACUAUUUGCAGAGGUACAAGACAUACACAGGAGGGAUGUGUGAGUAACCUUAAACACAAGAAAGAGAAGUCUAUGAUAAGUAUUGAAGAUGAUUCAGAUGAUGGUAGCAGUAGUGAAGAAGAACUCAUAAAUCUAGUAGCGAUGGUGGGAAUUACAGAAUUUGAGAUUGAUGUUUGUUUAAAGAGAGUUUUGAGAUGCAGCAUUUGAUUAAAUUCGUAUUAACGUCAGUUUUGAGAUGUUUGUUUAAAGAGAGUUUUGAGAUGCAGCAUUUCAUCCGUGAGUGUCAGAACGUUUAAAGAUGUUUGUUUUAUAUCUAAGCCAAAAAAUCUUAUGCUUGAGAAGCACAAAGUUAAAAAGGGGGAGAUUGAAGAUGCAGCAUUUGAACAAGUGUUUGAACUACUCCAGAAGGACAUGACGUUAAUACGAAAACAGAGUAUCGAGUGAUCUAUGUCGGUUAUUAUCAAGACUCAUACAGAUUUAGAAGGCACGAGAAGCUUCUAGAAGAUUGAAGAGCUUCAUGUUUACAAUUGGAAUGUAAAUAUAAAGAAAGUGAAAAAUUUCCUAAACCAUAAAAAAAAAAAAAAAAAUUGUCCAAUUCCUAUUUGGAUUAGAUUAGGUAAUUUGCUAAUUAAAUAGCUGAUACCUAGAUCUAUAAAUAGGGAUGCUAAAGCAAGGUUGAGUUUUAGCACAAACAAGAGAAAAUUAACCUAGCUAUUAAGUUUUAUUCUUUAAGAAAAAGAACUAAAACUUAGAGAGAGCAAGAAGUUUCUUUAAGAGAGUUUUGAGAAGUUAGAAAAUUGUUUAGAACAAACUUGUAAACAGAUUUUCUAUCAAUCAAAAGAGAGUUUAAAGAAAUCAAUAGUUUCAUUGUUCAGAUCAUAAGUUCUCACACUUUCACAAUCUAGACUACAUAAUAAAAAUUCCUAUUUGUAGAUAUUAAAUUGAAAGCUCGACUAGUGUUUUUUGUUCCCUUUUUUCCCCAUGUCUCUAUCUAUUUUAUUUUUAAUCAUUUUUUCGUAUUCUAAAGACUCAUGCUUAUCCAAAAAAAGAAAAGGAAAACAAAAAUAUCAACAACUUGCAUUUUUUUUUUCUUCGUCCUUUGAAAUCUUCACCACAUAUAUAUAUUUUUUUUUUGCAAUUUCACAACGCGAAUCAUUCUAUUUAAAACUUUAGUAGUGAAAAUGAUAUUAUUGUACUAUAUCGCACCAAUUGUUAUACCGAUUUAAUAAUAUAAAAUAUUAUAUACGAAUAACUUAUUCUAUAAGAUUAUAUUUUUCACAAAAUAUUUUUUAUAGAUAAUGAGUAGUAUACAACAAAUAAUAAUUAGAAAUUUUUGCAUUGGUCAUGCAAGUAAAUAAAUUGGAAAUCAGUUUUCAUUAAAGAAACAAGUUUUGUACGAUUAACUUAUUGGUAGGACAAGCCGUGUCUAAUGUUAUUCAUGAUGGCACUACUUAGAUACUGACAUGUGAAGUAUUCAGCUCGGUUUAAAUGUAUUAUUUGUUCAAACUUCAAAGUUUAUAUAUAAUAUUACAUUUGAAAUAAUGUAUGAAUUAUAUCAUUUAUUUUUG